AUGGUAGGCGAGACCUUCAAUCUCGGAGAAUGGAAGCGGCAAGAACUUGUUCGUUUCUGGCUUCAAUAUGACACAGGUGAGGACGGCUGGUGCCUGUUUGGUGCGCUUGGUACAUGGACGAGAGACUGUGCGGUCUGCCGCCGCAAGGAGGAUUGUCGGCCGUUCGCUGCGAGCUUCGAGUCAGUCUACGACUUAAUCAUACCGCGGUAUAAUACGUCGACGACCCUGAGGCUGCCCGACGGCCGCAGUCUCGCCAUCCGGGACAAGCACUACCCGCUGGAUGAUGUGUAUUGCUGGGUAAACGGCUGGUACGACCUGGACAGGGAAGCCGCAGUGAACAACUACACGUAUUUGUCAGAGGUCUCUGCCGCUGCGUGUCGAAGCCUGGAGCAAGCCGUGCCCAACUACCGCGGGAUCUCAAUGCAGAUGAUGUUCGAUGAGAACGACCACGACAGCGCGCAGCUCGCGAAAAUGAUGGCUUCCGAGGUCGGCAACGUUUCCCAAGCGAUCGUCGACGGCAUGAGGCUUCAUGCUGCAGCCAAGUGUUUGAUGAGUGGUGGUCGUGGUGGUCUCUGUGAUAUUGCAAACUGCGCCAUGCGCGGCUGCAGGUUGAACUCGGAUACCCUGGGAUACCACGCGCUCAGAAAUUGCCCUCCUGUGUAG